GGGCUCCUCCCACUGAAGGGUUAUACUUCUUUCACAGCGCACUUCCUCUUUUUUACUUUGUGUCCAGCUCUCCCUCAGCAGCAAUUCAAAAUGUUUGUCUUUACAUUGUUUUCAGCAACCACCUGGACUUUGCUGGCUCUCUUUUUCACCCUGUUAUUACUCUAUGGCAUUUGGCCAUUUAGGUUUUUCAAAAAGUUGGGAAUACCCGGACCAAAGCCUCUGCCUUUUAUUGGAACAAUGCUAAACUUCAGAAAGGGAGUACUUUCUUUUGACCGUGAGUGCCAAGCCAAGUACGGGGAUGUGUGGGGGUUAUUUGAUGCACGAACACCACUUCUGAUGGUGGCAGACCCUGAGAUGAUUAAAACUGUGAUGGUGAAGGAGUGCUACUCUGUGUUUACCAACCGCAGGGAUAAUAUUGCAAUGACAGGACCUUUGGAUGAUGCAAUUACAAUAGUUAAAGAUGAAAAGUGGAAAAGAAUUCGGAGCACUUUAUCACCAUGCUUCACCAGCGGAAGGCUGAAACAGGUUUUUCCCAUCGUUGCUCGCCAUGCAGAUAAACUCCUUGAAAAACUUGGACAAACAAAUUUGGAUGAACCCAUUGAUGUCAAACAAUUUGUUGCACCUUACAGUUUGGAUGUUGUGACCAGUUCGUCUUUCGGUGUUGAGGCAGACUCCAUAAACAAUCCAGAUGACCCACUUAUUGUUCAUCUCAAGAAGAUUCUUAACUUCAAUUUUUGGCCUAUAAUUUUACUAAUGAUAUUUCCCUUUGGUGCCCGUCUGUUGAAACUCCUGCAUAUUGAUGUGAUGAAUAGACUCGGUGUGGAUUAUUUCUUCAGCAUCAUCAAGAGAUUUAAAGACCAGCAUCAUGCAGAGAAAUCUAUUCGAGCAGACUUCCUGCAGGUGAUGAUUCAGCAGGAGAUACCAGAAUCGGACAUAAAGAGUGAACAAGAUCAGCCAAGUAAAGGUUUGACUGAACACGAGAUGCUUUCCCAGGCCUUCAUUUUCAUCUUUGGUGGCUAUGAGACCACCAGUAUCACUCUCACUUACAUCCUUUACAAUCUGGCCACCAACCCUGAUGCGAUGCAGACCUUGCAGGAAGAAAUCGAUGCCAGCCUACCGAGAGAUGCUCCCAUUUCAUACGAGGGUCUGGUCGGUCUACGGUACCUGGACCACAUUAUUAAUGAGUCACAGCGUUUGAUUCCAGCUGUACCUCGGCUUGAGAGGAUGUGCAAAAAAACUGUCCAGGUCCACGGCCUCACCAUCCCUGAAGGAACCCUGGUUGGGAUUCCUGUGCACAUGUUACACAAGGACCCACGCUUUUGGAGCUCACCUGAGCUUUUCAGACCAGAGAGGUUCAGUGAAGACAGUGGGGAGGAGGUGAACCCGUACGUGUUCAUGCCCUUUGGACUUGGCCCUCGUAACUGCAUUGGGAUGCGCUACGCUGUCCUCGUCAUAAAGAUGGUUCUUGUCCGUCUCAUGCAGAGUUACACUUUGGAAACAUGCAAAGACACCAUGAUUCCUUUGGAGAUGGACUGGAAGUUCCAGCCAAAAAAGCCAAUAAAACUCAAGUUUGUUCCCAGACAACAGUAGAGGGAGCAUCUCCAAAUACACCUUGCUUCUGAAUUUUGUAGUUGUUGUUUUAACGUGUGGCUGACAGGAUGACAUUUAAAGUAUGUACUCCAAGUGUUUAUACUACUGAAACUCAUACUCAGUACUUAACUUACCGCGCCUUGAACGUGUAAUUUUUCUUGCAAUGUCAUCAAUAAAUCAAAAUGAUUUUA